UUUGUUAUCUGUAGUUUAUGUGACAGGUGACAAGGCAGGCAGGCAGACAGUGAAUUGAUUUUUCGAAAAUGUCGCUGACAGACAAGAUUACGAUGCUUAUGGCCCGGCCGGGCGGAGACAACAUCCAGAAGGACGAUGUAUCGUGGUGGAUGCGCUACGCUGGUCGAGGCUUGGGAACAGUUGGCAGUUUCAUUGCAAUAAUCCUCGGCCUGUUCAACUGCCUGGGCAUCAUCCUCCUGGACGUCCAGUGCCUCAUCGCAGGCAUCUGGCAGAUGUUAGCGGGCUUCAUAGUCAUCGUGUGCGAAGCACCGUGUUGCUGCUUCUUUAUAGACUACGUCCAGACGCUGUCGGAUAAGGUGGAGUCGCGACCAUACUGGCAGAAGGCAGCCGGUUAUGUUGGCUUGGCUCUUCCCCCGUUCUUCCUGUGUUUCCUGAGCCUCAGCACCUGGUUCGGCUCGGGGCUCAUCUUCGCCACCGGCGUCAUCUACGGCAUGAUGGCGCUCGGCAAGAAGGCGUCAGCGGACGAGAUGCGGACGUCGGCCGCCACCAUCGAGGCCGGGCUGCCCACCACGGCGACGCGCGCCGGCCUCGUCACCAACGAGCAGCCCGUCUCCUUCACUGGCGUGCCCGGCAAGUGAUCUCCACUCCUCUAUGCCACCCUGGUACUUUAAGGUGAUCUCAAGGAUGACAAAUGUUUGUUAGCGCUAAUAUCUCUUACCGAAUCACAUUAACACAUUCAGUGCACACGUAUGUGUUCAUUUUGUAUUGGAAACGGGGCCACCGGCACCGAAAGUGUUAAGGCUGCUUUUCCACCAUUGAUGUGCGAGGACGCAUAGCGAGGGUUGUGUUUGUUAUGAACCGAUUGAAUAUCGACCACUAAAGCUGGGCUGAACG